UUGCAUCUUUUGUGACAGAGAACAUUUGUUUACGAAAUUCAGUUGAAGACUUUUCUCUAAACAGAUGUAUGUUCUUUACCCUUCAUAGAUGGGAAAAGGCUCUUUUAAGUACGCUUGGGUCCUUGACAAGCUAAAAGCUGAGAGAGAGCGAGGCAUCACCAUCGAUAUCUCCCUGUGGAAGUUUGAGACCAGCAAGUACUAUGUCACCAUCAUUGAUGCUCCAGGACACAGAGACUUUAUUAAGAACAUGAUCACUGGACCUCACAGGCAGACUGUGCUGUGUUGAUUGUGGCAGCUGGCGUUGGAGAAUUUGAGGCUGGCAUCUCAAAGAAUGGCCAAACACGAGAGCACGCUUUGCUGGCAUACACUCUGGGUGUCAAACAGCUGAUCGUGGGUGUCAACAAGAUGGAUUCUACAGAACCCAUUACAGCCAGAAGCGCUAUGAGGAGAUUGUGAAGGAAGUCAGCACUUACAUCAAGAAAAUCGGCUACAACCCCGAUACAGUGGCAUUCGUUGCAAUCUCUGGAUUAAUCGCAAGGUUGGGGGUUUCGAUUCCCUGGGAACACAUGAUAGGUUCCCACCAUCCAAACCAUUCCAAACGGUUACAUGUAUUGGCUAUGAUCAGAUGUUUUCUCUGUAGAUGACCUGGUUCAAGGGCUGGAAGAUCACUCGUAAGGAUGGGAGUGUCUCUGGGACGACUCUGUUGGAGGCUCUGGAUGCCAUUCAGCCUCCAACCCGCCCCACUGACAAACCCCUUCGCCUCCCACUGCAGGACGUUUACAAGAUUGGAGGAAUUGGUACUGUGCCUGUGGGACGGGUUGAAACAGGCAUUCUGAAACCUGGCCUAGUUGUGACAUUUGCCCCUGUGAAUGUGACCACUGAGGUGAAAUCUGUGGAGAUGCAUCAUGAGGCCCUAUCUGAAGCUCUUCCGGGUGAUAAUGUGGGCUUUAAUGUGAAGAAUGUCUCAGUCAAAGAUAUCCGACGUGGGAAUGUUGCAGGUGACAGCAAGAAUGAUCCUCCACAGGAGGCAGCGAGUUUCACCGCACAGGUGAUCAUUCUGAACCACCCAGGUCAGAUCAGCACUGGUUAUGCCCUCGUGUUGGACUGCCACACUGCUCACAUUGCUUGUAAAUUUGCCGAGUUGAAGGAAAUGAUUGACCUUCGCUCUGGAAAGAAGCUGGAAGACAAUCCCAAGUGCCUGAAGUCUGGGGAUGCUGCUAUUGUAGAUAUGAUACCAGGCAAACCCAUGUGUGUGGAGAGCUUCUCUGAGUAUCCUCCUCUUGGUCGCUUUGCAGUGCGCGACAUGCGUCAAACCGUAGCAGUGGGCGUCAUCAAGGGGGUUGAGAAGAAAACCCCGACCUCUGGGAAGGUCACUAAAUCUGCCCAAAAGGCCCAGAAGAACAAAUGAAUGUUGUGCUGGGCUGCGAACACUCGGGUCAGCCACACCAUCCCUCCUCUUCUCAACUUCAUAAACAAAGCUUGGUUAAUUAUCACAAUGCAUCGCAAAAGCAGAAGAAGGAAAAGUAAAACUUAUGCCUGCUUGACAAAGAUUACAGUAGUGAUAAGUAUAUUUAUUUUUAAUCAUAUGUUCUGUUUGAAUUAUCUGUCUUCGUUGUGGUAUUUGUUCUAUUGUUAAAUUAUUCGAAGCACUUUAAGCAGAUCUGCCUCUGGUGGGAGUGUGGAGUAAGCUUUGUUUAUCCUGUAGCUUGUGUGCAAUAUCGAAACCCUCUUGCUAACAUUGCUUGUGUAACCUGGCUUGCAAUAGAAGCUAACUGCUCCAGCUUGUCCGAAAGCUAUGAGAUUUUAUCUUAGUCUCUUAAGUUAGUUUGAUGUGUUGUGACAUGGCUUUAAAAUUGAAGUUCAGUGUCUUUUUCUGUUUGCAUGAAGCUAAAGUAGCUAGCGCACUUUACUGUCUAACCUGACAGCGCUCUGAACAAGCAUGAGCCAUCUUGUUUGCACUUGCACUCAUGUACCUUAAGGGGAAUAUGAUUCUCCAUUAUCUAAUGUAUUUCGGUUCAUAACCAACAUCAAAAUACAUUUGAACUCAGAUGCCUGCUUCUAAAUUACUGGACAAAGAAAUAACAAGAAGACAUUUUCACAGACAUCUUUGAUGGUGCUU